AUGUCAGAACCGAUAUUCGUUUUUGUAAAUCUUGAUUAUUCGACAAUAAUAACAGUAAAUGCAACAUUAUCUCAAAUCGACCAUGAUAAAUUCACUCAAUUAACUUUACUUAAAAUAUGUUUAUUUGGAAUAUUUUUUCUCUGUGGUCUUAUUGGAAAUUCACUAGUAUUAAUUGGCAUUGGUCUGAAUAAGGGCAUGCAAACACCAACAAAUUUAUUAAUAUUUAAUUUAGCUGUAGCCGACAUUUUAUUUAUCAUAUUUUGUAUACCUACAACUCUAUAUACACUGGCAAAUAUAGGUCGAUGGCCAUUUGGAGCAUUGGGAUGUAAACUAGCUCAGUUUAUCAAUCAUUUAUCAGCAUUCAUGAGCAUCUAUUUAUUAGUGGCCAUGUCAUUUGACCGAGCAUUAUGGUUUAUUGGUAUAGCUAUUUCGAUACCAAUCGGCUGUUUGUUCACUGUACUCAGUUUCAAUGAUGAUCAAGGAAAAAAACCAGCAUCGUAUUGUUUACUAAAAUAUUUACAAACUAAUUAUUCUAUGCCAUUGGUACCAUUACAUUCAAUAAAUAGGACAUCACACUAUUCUCCAGCAGUGAAUGAAUAUAAUUCGAUAGUAAUGACAAACACGACAAAUGAUGCCCUACCGUAUCAAGCAUCUGUCUAUUGGAUUGGUUUUGUAGUGUUUCUAUAUGCAUUACCGUUAAUAUGUAUUGUAAUUUUGUAUGGCUUAAUGUUAGAAUUCUUGCGCGGUGCUCACGGCAGUCAAGUCAAUCGAUCAAAGAGACGUGCAACACGAAUGAUUUUAGCUGUCGUUUUAACAUACGCAUCGUGUUGGUUUUCAAUGCAAUUAUUAUUUAUAUCGAACGUUGUUUUAUCGAAAAAUAUAGCACACAAACACGAAAUGUACAUGGAUAUUCUUUCAACGUGUGCAAAUGUUUUUGCCUAUUUAAACUCUUGUACAAAUCCGAUCUUAUACGGUUUUAUGUCAAAAAAUUUUCGUUUAUCAUUUAUUGAUUUACUUUGUUGUCGUUAUACAAAACGUCAUUUAUAUCUGAAUAAUGAAAGUAUUCGUCAACGUGCAAAACAUAGUCGUCAAAAUAAUAGUAAUCGUCUAUUAGUUGCUUCACACUGUUCAAAUGCUGCAUUAUCCACUUUUACAAAUGAUCAGAAUAAUACAAGUCAGCUAUAUAUUCAUCCAGGUAUAACAACAACAGAAUUAAUACCCAUAAUUGAUCAAAAAUAUUCACGAAUAACUGUAGGUACACAAACAAUAAAAAAUAGACGACAACGAAAACGAAAUAAUAUUAAUUCACCCAGUUUAGAUUUUUCUACAACGUGUAAAACACGUAGUCAAUUGGAUGUUGGAAUUGAGACAAAUUAUCUUUUUAUGGUAAAAAAUAGUGAUAGCCUCGUGAUAUCGAAUGAAAGAGGUGUAGUAAAAUAA